AUGACACCAGCUCCGAUCAGCGCCUUGUGCACGAGACCCUUGAAAUGGAUUUUCCUGUUGCUGCUGACGUUUUCCCUGGUAACCAUGUGGUACAUCACCCUCUCCUCCAAAACUGCCCUGGACAACGUGAACCUGCUCUACUUCUACGAGUACGAGCCCGUGUACCGGCAGCCGCGCCCGUUCACGCUGCGCGAGCGCCGCAGCUGCGCCGACCUUGACCCCUUCCUGGUCAUCCUGGUGGCUUCCAGCCCCGGGGACGUGGAAGCCAGGCAGGCCAUCAGGAUCACGUGGGGCUCCCGGGAUUCCUGGUGGGGCCAGAGCAUCCUGACGCUGUUCCUGCUGGGGCAGGACGCGCGGAGGGAGGACGGGGCGGCGGCGCUGUCGGUGGAGGACGAGAGCAUCCUCUACGGGGACAUCAUCCGCCAGGAUUUCGUGGACACUUACGACAACCUCACCCUGAAGACCAUCAUGGCAUUCCAGUGGCUCUCCGAGUUCUGUUCCAACGCCAGGUUCUUCAUGAAGACCGACGUCGACGUCUUCAUCAACACGCCCAACCUGGUGAAGCUCCUGCUGCAGCUGAAUUCCUCACGGGACGUUUUCACCGGCUAUCCCCUCAUCGAGAACUUUGCCUACAGAGGCUUUGACAGAAAAAGAUUCAUCUCCUAUGAGGAGUAUCCCUUCAGGCUGUAUCCUCCCUACUGCAGCGGGCUGGGAUACAUCCUGGAUGGAAAACUGGCUCUGAGGACUUACGAGCUGAUGGGCCACGUCAGACCUCUGAAAUUCGAGGAUGUUUAUGUGGGGAUUUGCUUAAAUAUACUCAAAGUCAACAUCACUCUUCCACAAGAUGCGGAACAAUUCUUUCUCUAUAAAAUCAACUUUGAUAUCUGUAAGUACAGGCACUUGAUUGCAGUUCACGGCCUUACAUCCAGGGAACUGGUCCAGUUUUGGCAGGAAUUGUCAGCCAACACUUCCAAAAGUUGCCUUUGA